AUGUCUGACGCGCCUUGGUCCCGUCUCAUCCGUUUCGUCGACGAUAACGGCACAGAGACUUUUGGUGAACCCCAAGUCACUGACGAGAAGGACUUUGUGGCCCGCGCCGCCUCCAAUGACCUCUGGGCGGUAGAGUACAAGGGCAGAAGUCCGGUUUCUGGCCUCACGAGGGGCGAAAAGGUGCACGUCAAGGAAGUCCGCGACAUUCUGCGCCCCUCAGACGUGCCCAUCAUCCGCUGCAUCGGCCUCAACUACAUCAAGCACAUCAAGGAGGGCGGCCGCACACCACCCCCCUUUCCCUCUCUCUUCAUCAAGCCCGCCACGUGCGUGGCAGGGCACAACGAGGACGUGCCCAUUCCGAAGGUCGCUCAGGAUGGUACUGUUGACUACGAGGGCGAGCUUGCCUUCGUCAUCGGCAAGUCAGGCAAGAACAUCGCCAAGAAGGACGCCCUCUCACACAUUGCUGGCUACCUUGCCUGCAACGACGUGUCGGCGCGCGCCUGGCAGCGCGACCCCAAAAAGGCCGGCGGCGUUCCACAGUGCCCCAUGCUCGUGUCGCCGUCCGUCGUCGGCGACGCCUCGUCCCUGCGCCUGCGCACGCUCGUCAACGGCGAGGAGCGCCAGAACGAGGGCACCGACGACCUGCUGUUCGGCGUCGAGGCCAUUGUCGAGUUUCUCAGCCAGGGCACGACGCUCGAGGCCGGCACCGUCGUGCUGACGGGCACGCCAUCGGGCGUGGCCAUGGGCAUGAAGGAGCCCAAGUACCUGAAUGACGGCGACGUCGUCGAGGUGACCAUUAGCGGCCUCGGCAGCGUCAAGAAUAAGAUGGUAUUUGAGUAA